AUGUCUGAAUCAUUGCAUAAUGCGCGAUCGAGGGGCGGCCGCAGCCGCUACGCCGCCCAGGUGCAGUCGAGGAGAACCAACGAUGGUGCCAUCAUCGAGAACCCAUUGGCGCACAUGACAGACGCCGAGUUGGACGGAGACGUCAGGCAGUUUGCUCAACAGCACCUGCCCUGCGUUAGCUACGAGGACAUUCUGCGAGCCGCUCGGGUGGCCAAAGACAUUCGUCUCUAUGACAUGAUUGCAAGACGGCCUGGCUUCGACGUUCGGAACCGACUCCCCGUCCACCUCACCGAUGAGGAGAAAGAAGCACUGCGGCGGGAGCGAGAUGUAACAUUCAGCGAAAAGGGCAUGCGAAUCGUCAUCGUCACCGUCUCCUUGGCUGCGCUGCUGCAAGGCGAGCAUCGACCCCGUCUCGGUUACGAAAAGGCAGCCAGCUCUGACCAAUCUAUUCAUUCUCUAGGCUUCGUCCAGUCUUCCUUCAAUGGAGCAUCAUUAUAUACCACUCAAUGGGGACUAGGUCCAUCGGGCGACGGUGAGGAGUCGCAUGGCGAUGACUGGCGUCUCGGCGCCGCGAAUGCGUCGCCCUGGUUCUUCGCCGCCCUCGUCGGCUGCCCGCUCUCGCUGCCCGUCAACUACUGGUUUGGAAGACGAGGUGGAAUCAGCGUCGCGGCUUCCCUGAUUAUCGUAAGCUCCAUUGCCGCCAUCUUUGUCGAGAAUUGGCAGCAGCUGUUUUGCGUACGGAUCGUCAACGGCAUCGGCAUGGGAAUCAAGGCUGUCAGCACUCCGAUCCUGGCCUCCGAGACCGCCGUUGGCUUCUGGCGCGGCUCUGCCAUUCUCGCAUGGCAGCUGUGGGUCGCUUUUGGCAUCAUGAUGGGCUUCGCUUUCAACAUAAUCUUCACCAAUGCGCCAACAGAACGGCUGACUUUCGCUCUCAUCCAAGGAGCGCCUCUUGUGCCUGCACUAGCGCUCCUCAUUAUUGUCCUGUGGUAUUGCCCCGAAUCGCCUCGUUAUCAUCUCAUGAAAGGCCCAAACUACAGCGUUGAGAAGGCAUACCGGAUCUUGCAACAAGUUCGCACUACCAAGCUGCAAGCCUUGAGGGACAUGUACGUCGUCUUCAAGGCCCUUGAGCAGGAGCACGUCGGCAUUGGCGAUUUGGAUGACCACGCUCUUCUGUCGCCUGGCUUCAUCUGGGUGAUUCGAGAUUUUUUUGCACAGUUCAGGCAGCUGUUUCAGCAGCGAAGGCUGUAUAAUGCCACCAUCUCGACGUCGACGGUGAACUUGGCGCAGCAACUAUGCGGCGUCAACGUCUGCGCAUUCUACUCUGGGACACUUUUCAACCGCGUCGGCGCAGGGUCCAAUGUCAUUGCCAUGGCGUAUAGUGUCGGCUUCGGUGCCAUCAACUUUCUCUUUGCGCUUCCGGCGAUCAAGAGUAUUGAUGUGUUGGGUCGAAGAAAGUGGCUCAACAUCACGCUACCUUUUAUGGCGCUGUUUAUGCUGGGUGCGGCCUUGUGUGCGUUUAUUCCGGACCAAGAGAAGCGAAUAGGCUUUACGGCGCUGUUUCUGUUCCGUACGUCGUCCAUGCCAAUUCGAGUUGAUGGGGCACUGAUCAAGACAGUCUUCGCCAUGGCGUACUCUCCCGGCUUGGGACCAAUCCCUUUCACGCUGGCAUCCGAAAGCUUUCCGCUGUCCCACAGAGAAGCCGGCGCCGCAUUUGCUAUAUCCAUCAAUUUCUUCGCCGCCGGGUUGCUUUCCAUCUUCUUCCCACGCAUCAACUCGAAACUCGGGGGAGCAGGGUCGCUCGGCCUCUUCAGCGGACUCAACAUCGUAGCUUUGGUGUUGGUGUUUCUGCUGGUUGAGGAGACGAAGAGACGCAACCUUGAAGAACUGGACCACAUAUUUGCCGUGUCAAAGCGCGAGUUCAUGCGCUUUCAAGUCUCCCGGCGCCUCCCUUGGCUGAUUCGGCGAUACCUCUGUGGCCGACGAGAAACACGGCCAGAGCUGUAUCGAGAUUUGACCUGGGGCAGCUGGGACGAGGGUGAAGAGGCUCCGCGGGAGCUGGAUGGUGUCGACUCAUUCAUGGCAGGAAGACAUUCUUCGGCCGCAGAAGGAUCGCUACCCGAGCUCAAACUGUCAAGGACGGGGACGGGCGACAACGUCGUCGUCAGGGCCGACCAUCCAAGCGUCGUAGAGAUUGGUGACGGCCGGCCCCUUCAGCCACCGCCUCUUCAGCCGUCGCCACUUGGGAGCCAUCCGAAUGGCUUCAUGUUUGCUACUUCGGACUUUUUGAAUCGACCACCCCGACGCUGA